ACGGCGCCCAGAGCGAGGCUGGGGUAGAGAGGCCGACUGAGCUGGAGUCGUCCGCUUGUAGUGGAGGCGGCUAGGGUGCCGGCGAGAGGGUGAGCGGGCGAGCAGGCGAGUGAGCUAGCGCAGGCAGGAGGGAGAGUCGCGCGGCGCAGAGGAGCGCCGGGUCCGGGCAGCGGAGACUCACAGCCGCAGAGGGGCAGCCCGAGCCGGGCGCCGCGGGGUCCCCACCCCCACUCGGCCGGACGGUGCCCGGUGUUCCCCCGUGCGGGGGGCGGCGGCGGCUGACGGGACCGGACAGGACCGCGGGGGUGUUGCCACCUCCACCGAGGAGCCGUCGCGGCCGCGGGCUCCUCAGAGCCGGGGCCCGGGGCCCGUGACAGACGGGCCGAGGCAGGGAGAGAGGCGGCGGCGGCGCAGGCGACGGGGAGGCAGCGGCGACACCAUGUCAUCCCCUAGUCCGGGAAAGAGGCGGAUGGACACGGACGUGGUCAAGCUCAUCGAGAGUAAGCAUGAGGUUACGAUCCUAGGAGGACUCAAUGAAUUUGUAGUGAAGUUUUAUGGACCACAAGGAACACCAUAUGAAGGUGGAGUAUGGAAAGUUAGAGUGGAUCUUCCUGAUAAAUACCCUUUCAAAUCUCCAUCUAUAGGAUUCAUGAAUAAAAUUUUCCAUCCCAACAUUGAUGAAGCGUCAGGAACUGUGUGUCUAGAUGUAAUUAAUCAAACUUGGACAGCUCUCUAUGAUCUUACCAAUAUAUUUGAGUCCUUCCUGCCCCAGUUGUUGGCCUAUCCCAACCCCAUAGAUCCUCUCAAUGGUGACGCUGCAGCUAUGUACCUCCAUCGACCAGAAGAAUACAAGCAGAAAAUUAAAGAGUACAUCCAGAAAUAUGCAACAGAGGAGGCACUGAAAGAGCAGGAAGAGGGCACCGGAGACAGCUCAUCGGAGAGUUCUAUGUCUGACUUUUCGGAAGAUGAGGCCCAGGAUAUGGAGUUGUAGUAGAAAAAGCACCUGCUUUUCAGAAAGACUAUUAUUUCCUAACCAUGAGAAGCAGACUAUAAUAUUCAUAUUUAAACAAAGCAAUUUUUUUUAUUACUAAACAAGGUUUUUAUGAAUAAUA